AUGGUUAUUUGCUCGGCCUACUUCUCUCAUGACGAGGGGGAGGCGGUGCCGCCUGCACCGGUGAUAAAACUGGCAGACUACUGCCAAGAGAAACGGCUUCUCCUGAUCAUGGGAUGUGACGCUAACGCGCAUCACACUGUGUGGAGAAGCUCGGACACCAACGAAAGAGGAAGAAAAGUGUUGGAGUUCCUAGCAUCUACGAAUCUGGAGAUUCUCAACACAGGAGACGAGCCCACCUUCUGCACUAUAGCGAGAAGAGAAGUGCUCGACAUCACUGUCUGUUCCAGGCAGACAGCUAAGGCUAGGGGGAAAGAAGUCAAAUUUAGGAACCCGAGGAGAACCAAGUGGGACUCCUAUAGGGAAGACCUGGCCAGCAGUCUCAGAGGCUUCCCUAAGAGGCACGGGACUGAGGACGAACUGGAGACCUGUGUGGACUACUUGCAGAGGUCUCUGGUAAACUGCUACGAAAAUAAUUGCCCCGAAAGGGCGGUUACAAAUAGUAGAGGAACUUCUUGGUGGACCCCUGGACUGCAGGGUCUCAGAGUGGCGGCUCGCAGGGCCUGGAAUAGAGCUAGGAACACGGGUCGCCAAUCCAACUGGGAGCUCUCUAGGAGAGCACAGAAGGAAUAUAGAGACUCUGUGGUUAGGGCAAAACUGGAAAGCUGGAGGAAGUUUUGCGAGGAAGUAGAGGAAAUGCCCGAAACGGCAAGAAUCUGCAGGAUCCUCGCUAAGAACCCGGAUGCGACUCUGGAAGCCAUCGCACUCCCUGAUGAGACGGUGGUGACUGGAGAGCGAUGUCUGGAGCAUCUACUGGAAGUGAGCUUUCCGGGCUUUCAUAGGGAGCCGGGAGAGCUAUUUGCAUAUAAGGAGCCGGGUUCACAGAAGAGCCCGACAAGCGGACUGGCGAAUGGCGGCCAAGAUUGUCAUGCCCGAGAAGGUCAAGUGGGCAAUUAA